AUGUUGACAAAGAAGUGGGCGUACCGGGAUCCAGUGUUCUUAAUAGGAAGACGCCCAGUUCCUUUACUAAAGAAGGUGCGAUAUCUAGGACUUCAUAUUGACCCGCACUUAACCUUUAGUGCUCACUUUAGGACCGUCUCGGCCAAGGCCCUCGGAGGGCCCUCUCAAUCCAAGAGAGCGAUGUUAAUGUCAGUGGUGAACAGCAGGUUACUGUACGCCUCAUCGACAUGGGCAAAAAGAGGAACAGAGUACGCUAUUUUUCGGAAACUUAUGAUUCGGCCCCAGAGGUUGGCGGCACUUAAAGUGACAAGGACAUACCACACCGUCUCUGCUGAGGCAGCCUUAUUCCUCACGGGAACUCCUCUGGGUGAUCUUUUCGCUUUGGAACGCAAAGGAGUUCAGAGCAAAAUGGACGACUCAGAUAUAUUGGGUUCUAAGGGUGAAAUCCGGAAAGAUCAACGCGAUAUCCUGCUCGCUGACUGGUCCAGUAGGUGGAGGCAUGGCAAAAAUGCAGUUGGACGCGUAAGAUCCUCCCAGACUUGA